GGCGUGUCUCCGCAAACGCGGUCCGUCACCGGUGGGCGUGGCAUGCAUCUGGGGCCCCUUGUGGCCCAGACAAUUGAUCGAGGUCUCUUUUCUGCUGAUCAAUACCCAGCUGACGAGCGUGAGCAGUUGGGCAUGUCGGUGCCCUAUUCACAUCAUCCAGGUGCCGUGCCAGGAGCUAUGCCGCCACCAGAGCGCGGCUCUGGACUUUGGAAUGAUCCAGCUGGAGAUGGAUACCAGUGGGUGGAUGGACCAGCUGAACGGAUGCCCCAGGUCCAGCCACAGGCUGCACCUCAGGCCCAACAACCCAUGUUUCCGAUGACUCAAAGCCAGGCUGGCACCCAAUGGGUGGACAGUCCCACGCCUCCGCCGGUGCAAGACAUGGUUUAUCAAUGGGUGGACAAUCCAUCCUAUGGACGUCCUGCUGCCCCGCCGCAUCAACCGUAUGUGCAGGCAGCACCAACAAAUCCAUACUAUCCAGGCGUUGAUCCCUAUGGAGUGCCACGUCCUAUGGACCCCAUGGGCGGCCUUCAACCAGAUCCCCUGAGACCGCCCGUCCAGGGAUUGGAUCCCAUCGCAGCACAAUACCAGGCUGGAUUGGCCUAUGGAGCCGAUGCCAGCCGCUACCCGCAG